ACACUGAUCAUUAUUCGCUGUUAGACAUAUAUGCUAUGCCUUGAUGUUUGAUAAUUGGAAAUACAGAUGCUUUAGCAAAAUAACAGAUGGCAUGAGCCAUAACUACAUCCGGUCAUAGUAAACACUUAUGAGCAUGCAACUUCAUAUGCAUUUAUUUAAAUGAGACAAAGACACAAACAUUAAAUCCAGUGCAUGCUGAAGUUCAUUUAAUAGGCAGCCUGCUAAAUCUUGUUAUUUUAUGUACAAUGCAAUGUGAAUUUCCUACAUUUAGCAGGUCAUUCCUCUUCAUAAUUGGCUGUAAGCUUAUAACUUCAAGUUGAAAUUGAUUCUGAGAGAUUUAUCCUCAUGUUCACACAUUAACAUAAGCAGUAACUCACAAAAUACAUAAGCAAUAAAUAUAAUUUAGAGUAGAAGAGAAUGUCUGAAUGUAUGUUUGUAUGUAUGUAUGAGGCCAAAGACACAUAAUCAUUAAGUCAUUAAGGCAAACAUUCUUAGUGAUGCAUUCAUUGCAUUCAUUGUGAUGCAUGCAAACAUUACGUCACUUAAAAUAGUUUUCUCUCAGGUUAAAUCAGCCAGCUGAUGUGUAGCAAAUUUAUAAUACAAAAUUCGUAUUUAAUGUCACUUGUCUUCCAUUACCUGCAUACAUUUCUAAUUCUAAAUCAAUCACAAACCUCAGCUCAAAGUCUUCCACUGUCAAGAAAACGUUGUUGUUUAGUGAAUAUAUCACCAUAUAUAUUUUAGAAAUCAGAUUAGGUACUGAUCAGAGUAUUUUAUCUCUAAAAAGUGUAUGAAUAUCCAUUAUUUAGAAAGUACUUGCUAACAUAUAAAUAGGUCAAGAAGAAGUGUUACUGACUGAAACUUGAGUCUGGCAUCUCAGCUCUUUUUUCUUUCAUGGAGUAACUGAAUACUCUGUGCCUGGACUUAUUGAACUGAGGGCGUCACAUCUCUGAUACUCCCUCAUUGGUCUUCCUUGCUCCUCAACACUCAUCUCCCACCAGACUAGAAGGACAGGAGGAAACAUCAUCAGGGUCUGAACUAAGAGUGAAGCCCACCAUCAUCUCCCCGUUUUCUACACUGUCAAGCUCAUCUGUUCUCAGAUCCAGAAGACGUAUUUCCUUCACAGAGUUCCUGUCUCACUGUGGACUACUUGCCAAGACCUCCUGCUCUUCAGUUUAAGCCUGUGUUUUGUUUGUGUGUGUUUGUGAAAGACAGAGACACGACUCCGAAAGCAGCACCUAUCAUCUGUGAGGAUGUCUGCACUGCGUCUUCUGUGGGUCCCUGUGCUGCUGUGUUUAACACACGCUUGGCUCUGCCAUGGGGCAUGUGUGGAGGUGGACUCCGACACGGAGGCAGUGAUGGGUCGAGGCUUCAAAUUAGGCUGUAUCUCUUGCAAGAUGAGAGGAGAAGUACUGGCCUCUGCCACAGUGGACUGGUGGUUCAUGGCCAAAGGCGAGAGUGAAUUUGCAUACGUGAGUAUGAGACCAAAGACCAUGCAUUACAGCUUAAAGUACCCAUGAAAUCAAAAUGAAAGUUUUU